UAUAAUCAUCAUCAUCAUCACUUACAUAAAAGUCCCACUUGCUCAUACUAAUCUCGUAACACAUUUAUUCGUUCCGUUUUAAAAUGAUUUUAUAAAUUUCAAAUUUUAAUAAUCUAAUAACAAGUUAGUUUUUAAUCUUUAAACACGAAAAUAUGAAAAUACAGGAUCAAAAUGGGACUUGGGACUACCCACCGUGGUUUUUUUCGCUACGACGCUUCAAUCCGGGAGGACCCGCCUGGUACGGCGGCCCCCAACGUCUUCCGGCGGAUUUAUACCUUACACGAUCUAUUAUGGGAAUUAUUUCGGCAGCUUUGACGUUUUUAUUGGUUUUAUUCGUCGUUUUGCCAAUCAUCAAACAUCGCUCCCAGUCUGUGAUAGUGGCGCUGAAUUCUAUCGCCAUCGGAGUAGUCGUUUCCCUCUGCCUCGUCUGUCCGGAAUGGAUUCGUGGACACAGCGCCAUUCAAUCCCCGAUAUAUUACCACUCGCCCCAGCCCUAUGAAAUGGCCCUAGGAGUGCACAUUGGUCUGGCUGGAUUCAAUGUAACACUUCGAACGAUAGAUCGUAAUUUUGAUGUUCAACUUGACGGAGGGUUGCAGCUCAUCACAGCCAAUCAAACGGCGGCUCCUAAAAUCUACUACAAUGAACAUGUAAAAAUGUAUCACCCGGACAAUUUGGAAGGCGUGUUAACGAAUGCUCUAGAACGAGGUCUUCCAGUACCCUUGCUGGUCACUUAUGACUGUCUCACAUCCACGACACAAGGUUUCGACUGGUCCCAUCGCAUUGUGGAGGCAGGAUAUCAUUGCUACAUUCUCACCGUUUUUGCUCUGGUGGGAUGGUUUCUUACUCAAGUUUUAAUAGCGUCGAUUCCGCACUAUAGUGCAUAUGGAUUUGUAGCCAUCGGAUAUCUCAUGGUGUUUGAUACCGUCGUUUACUUUUAUUGGGCAAACAUUAACCUUUCGCCCCCAUGCAUAGUCAUUACGGAUUCCUACGUUGAAUUAAGGCAUGGAAUGUGCUUUUGGACGUGCUUGGUGAUGGGAGUGUGGUCAUGCAUUUAUGGGCUCAUUAUGACUGUAUACGACACAGUCUACCCGGACAAGUUUCUCACAGUUUUUGAUCUGGAUUACGACCACAAACGCGCUCUGGCUGCUGCCAACCAUCUGAAUCGCUUAUCCGAAAUAAAUGUUAGUUAUCGCAGGCGAAGUCGUAAUCACCAACAGGAUGAUCCUUUCGUGAAAUUGGUUUAGUCAAAUUCCGGUUAAAAAAACUCGCAAAUUCUUGGAUAAAUAUUAGAAGUUGUAGGAUUCUUACUCCUUUAGAUUUAACAAAUUUAAUGUCUUUUUAGCCUGCAUAUAAACAGUGAUUAUAAAUUACGUUACAAAAUAUUCAUUUGGUUAUAAAGGUUAUAUAAUCUCUAGAAAAAUAAAUACGCAACUACAACUCUUA